ACACCACUCUCCCUGCUGCCCCCCGCUCUUCCUGAACGUGCCAGCAUCAAUGAAGCUCUUCAUCACCGCCCCCCUCGCCCUCGCGGCCAUCGCCUCCGCCCUCGUCAUCCCCGACUCCGUCAAGGACAUCAUCAAGGACGAGCUCGCCCCCCUCCUCACCACCUCCACCGCCGCCGAGCACAUCAUCCCGGACUCCUACAUCAUCGUCUUCAAGGACCACGUCGAUGAGUCCGUUGCCUCCACCCACCACAGCUGGGUCCGCUCCGUGCACGACGUCGCCAUGAAGAAGCGUGGCGUUGAGAACCCGUUCCUCGCUUCUGGCCUCGAGCACGGCCUCAAGCACAUCUACUCCCUCACCAACUCCUUCAAGGGCUACUCUGGCCGUUUCGAGGCCUCCACCAUCGAGCAGAUCCGCAGCCACCCUGACGUCCUCUACGUCGAGCGCGACUCCAUGGUCUUUGCCUCUGAGUUCGCCACCGAGAAGAACGCCCCCUGGGGUCUUGCCCGUAUCUCCCACCGCCCUGCCUUGAACUUUGGCACCUUCAACAAGUACCUCUUCGACAGCGAGGGUGGUGCCGGUGUCACUGCCUAUGUCAUCGACACCGGUAUCAACACCGACCACGUCGACUUUGAGGGCCGUGCCUUCUGGGGCAAGACCAUCCCCUCUGGCGACGUUGACCAGGACGGAAACGGACACGGCACUCACUGCUCUGGAACCGUUGCCGGUGCCAAGUACGGUGUCGCGAAGAAGGCCAACGUUGUUGCCGUCAAGGUUCUCAAGUCGAACGGCUCCGGCACUAUGUCUGAUGUCGUCAAGGGUGUUGAGUACGCUGCCAACUCGCACGCCAAGGAGGCCAAGGCCAACAAGAAGGGAUUCAAGGGCUCUGUCGCCAACAUGUCGCUCGGUGGCGGCAAGUCGCCUGCUCUUGACAUGGCUGUCAACGCUGCCGUCGACAUGGGAAUGCACUUUGCUGUUGCCGCCGGUAACGACAAUGCUGAUGCCUGCUCGUACUCGCCUGCCGCUGCCGAGAAGGCCGUGACUGUCGGUGCCUCCACUCUUGGUGACGAGCGUGCGUACUUCUCCAACUACGGCAAGUGCGUCGACAUCUUUGGACCUGGCCUCAACAUCCAGUCGACCUGGAUUGGCUCGCCCUACGCGCUCAACACCAUCUCCGGUACCUCGAUGGCCUCCCCUCACAUUUGCGGCUUGAUGGCGUACUACGUCUCGCUGCAGCCCGAGGCCGGCUCUGAGUUUGCCUCUGCUCCUUUGUCGCCCGCCAAGUUGAAGGCCAACUUGAUCUCGUACGCGACUGCCGAUGUGUUGACCGGAAUCCCCGAGGACACCGUCAACCUCUUGGCUUUCAACGGAGCCGGUGGCGACAUCACUGACUUCUGGAAGAACUAAGAGUGCAGAGUGUCUAUAAUUCAUCGACGAGUCUCUUGAGUAUGGUUCAUGGGUAAGGGAGGUGCAUCGCAUAUAUCGUAUUUACUGAAUGAUAUAGAGAGGGAUGAAUUAGUUCUGCACUGCGGCACUUUUCUUUUUUUGUCUGAGGUUAUUUUCUUAUUUGAUUUGAUUUUACUAUUUGAUGUUUUUUUAUAUAAUUAUAUAUCGGUUACUUCAUGGUUGGUUGUUGGUUUGGGGAUUGCUUUAGUCAAUAAAUUUACGAAAUACAUU